GGAAAUUACUAUCAAUUUAGGAUGUGUGCACUCCGAAUAUGUAUUGUGCAUUUAGGGGGACCGGUCUUCGAGACUUCACAACUGAAAAACCUGUCACCUGGUCCUAUCGAUUAAGAAGAAACUCCAAAUUCAAAACCCUAAUCCAAUCCUUUCAGAGACGAAUGAGAUUACUUCCUCGCACGAAUGAUCAAUUCUGGCUACCAUUAUAUAUUUCAACAUCUCAAGUCAUCAACCAUCGUCUGUCUUCUUCUUCUUCAAUUCAUUGAGAAAGGGCUGUCUCAGCAUUCUUUUCUUCAAUUCUGCAGAAGCUUAAGCUCUUCCGCACACAUAGGGUUACAUGAUAAUCAACUUCUGUGCAAAGAUUGUUGCUUUCUUUCAUAGAAAGCCUUAAUUGUUUCAUAGCUUUAAUUUAUAGAAUUUGAAGCUCUUAAGGAAACUAAAUGCUUGGGAAGUUGGGAUUACGGUUUGAAAUUGUGUUGGUUAGAAUUGCAUAAUGUCAGUGCGGCUUAAAUCGCUUCAUCCCAAACAUGAGUGGUAAUUAGGGAUUUGGGAGACAGAAGAAGGAAUAGCAGAUAGAUGGGAAACAAAUGUGUUCAUGCAAAAAUCACAAAGAAUGGGAUCUUUCAUUCUCUCUUCUGGUGGGUCCCACCACUCGAUAUGCUCACACCCGCUAAGAAAAAUGAAACAAGCUGUGAAGAAGAGGCAGAAGGUGCAAUUGUUUCAGUCCAGAACAACAAACCGCCAGAAGUGGUUAGGAUGGAAAAGGAUGAGAAGGAGGGACAUCACAGUGAGGAAGGCGAUACAGCCAAAAGAGGAAGCAGAAAGGAAAAGCCUUCGAAACCCCGAAAGCCCCACAAUGUGAAGAGAGUAGUCAGUGCUGGCCUGCAGGUAGACUCUGUGUUGAAGACCAAAACUGGACAUCUGAAGGACUUCUACCAAUUAGGGGAGAAACUCGGGCACGGCCAAUUCGGGACCACUUUCCUUUGUGUCGAGAAGGCGACCCGGGAAAAAUAUGCUUGUAAAUCUAUAUCAAAGAGGAAAUUGGUGACAAAAGAAGAUGUGGAAGAUGUGAGGAGAGAAAUUGAGAUAAUGCACCACUUGGCCGGUCAUCCUAACGUCAUAUCUAUUAAAGGCUCAUAUGAGGAUUCAGUGGCAGUUCAUUUUGUUAUGGAGCUAUGUGUAGGAGGUGAACUAUUUGAUAGGAUUGUAAAGAGGGGGCAUUACUCAGAGCGGCAGGCAGCUGACCUCACUAGGACCAUAGUUGGUGUGAUACAAGCCUGCCACUCCUUGGGCGUCAUGCAUAGGGACCUCAAGCCUGAAAACUUCCUCUUUGUUAGUGAUGAGGAGGAUUCACCUCUCAAAACUAUUGAUUUUGGAUUAUCAACUUUUUUCAAACCAGGGGAAAUCUUCGAUGAUGUUGUUGGAAGUCCUUAUUAUGUUGCACCGGAAGUUUUGGGGAAACAUUAUGGUCAAGAGUGUGAUAUAUGGAGUGCUGGUGUGAUAGUUUACAUCCUCCUUAGUGGUGUUCCUCCGUUUUGGGGAGAAACUGAGCAAGACAUAUUUGAGGUAGUCUUGAGGGCUGAUGUUGACUUUAAAUCAGAACCUUGGCCUAAAAUUUCUGAUAGUGCUAAAGAUUUAAUAAGAAGAAUGUUGGUUAGGGAUCCUAAAAAGCGUCUAACUGCUCAUGAAGUUCUUUGCCAUCCAUGGGUGCAGAUUGAUGGGGUGGCCCCAGAUAAACCUCUCGAUUCCGCAGUCUUAACUCGCUUAACACAAUUUUCUGCUAUGAAUAAGCUUAAGAAAAUGGCUCUAAGGGUUAUUGCAGAUAACCUUUCUCAAGAGGAAAUUGCAGGUUUAAAGGAAAUGUUCAAGGCAAUUGACACGGAUAAUAGUGGACAAAUUACAUUUGAAGAACUAAAAGAUGGACUAAAUAGAUAUGGUGCAAAUCUUAACGAGUCUGAGAUACAUGAUCUCAUGAAGGCUGCUGACGUGGACAAUAAUGGAACUAUUGACUAUGGGGAGUUUAUAGCUGCAAUGUUGCACAUGAACAAAGUUGAGAAGGAGAAUCAUUUAUUUGCAGCAUUUUCGUACUUUGACAAAGAUGGAAGUGGAUAUAUAACAAGUGAUGAACUUCAAAAAGCUUGCGAGGAAUUUGGCUUUAGGGAUGUCCUCUUGGAGGAAAUGAUUCGUGAAGCAGAUCGAGACAAUGAUGGUCGCAUUGAUUACGACGAAUUUGUAGCAAUGAUGACUAAAGGGAAUGCAGAUUUAGGCCAGAAACGGUUAUAAGAUGAUCUAAAAUCAGCUUUAAGGAGGCAUCCCGAGCUUCUUGAUACAGCCAAUGGACUUUCUUUUUUGGCCUUCAUCUUUUGAAAAAGCUUGAUUGGCGGAUCUAGCCAUUUAUUGGUAAGUUGAGUAAAAACUAGAGUAUGGAACAACUAACAAGUAACAGCCAUGCUUUUGUCAAGGCAAAUGAUGGUGACUUUAUGUGUGGUCAUGGUGCUCAAUCAAGCUUCUUAAAUCAAAGAAAUUUCAGCACUACUUAGCCCCAUAUUUUGCAGCUCAUGAUUUAAUACCUGGAAAUUGUAAUUGACAAUGAUGCUUUAUCCUCCAUCAUUAUGAAUGAAUGAAAGAGAUGAGCUAUCGAAAUUAUUGUUGAGCUUUUAAGUACUCAUAAUCAAACUUAUGCAUCAGGUGGACAAGUGUACAGCUAUGAAUAUUAUUUAUUACGAGUAUAUGGGACUAUGAUUGAUAAAUAAAUAUCUUAAAACAGAA